UUUGUUGGGUCGGUUGGACAAAAAAAAAAGUGCCGAGAAAACCUGGGAGAGGAGCCAAAUCUUCCCAGAUGUCACUGAAAACAGCCGUAUGGUGGAUGCGUUCUUUGAAGGAAACCUGAGCCGGAAAGACAUUUUUAUCUCCAAAGUGCACGUCAGAAAGAUUUUAAUUGCAUUGCUUAUGAAACGGCAAUCAACAAUCCUGGACCAUAGUCCUCAUCCAAGAGAAUCAAGACAAAGAGAAAAGAUACAGUAAAGAGUGCAGAAACACAAGAAGAGACGUCCUCAGCUCUUUGUGGUACAUGACACAUUCACAGAUCAGGAAUUUGUACUUCUGCAUCACCUGUAAAUCCACCACAGAAUCAGAUAGAUAAUUGAAACUCGUGGGCACAGAAAGAAACCUGUUGCAGAUUUUUAUUUCACAUGCCUGGUGGCAGCCGACCACUUUGCUUCAAUGGGGAAUUGCAGCUGCAAAAGAAUAAAUAGUAGAGAACGCCGUUACCUCAGCAUCACCUGGAAGAUAGCCUAGCCGCAGCUAGCUCAGCGCAGCUCAGCACAGCUCCACCAGCUCGUCCCUGACCCCCCCCCCCCAACCCCCCUCCUUCCACGCCAGGCCCCUCCCCCUCACUUUCUCCGUUUUCCAAGUGACUCGCCAUGGCAUCAGUGCGCUUCACGGUGACGCCCACCAAGGCGGAGGACCUCCCGGGGCUGUCGGACACGUCGCCUGACAUCAGCUCGCGCUCCGGCGCCCGCGUGCGCUUCGGCUCCAAGGAGAGCGUCAACCGCAGCGACCCGCUGAGCGAGGCCACUUCUACUGCAGCGGGGGCCGACACGCCGGACCACAGCAACGUGGACCAAGGUGAUGGAAACUCCAAAAUCUCCAGCGUGUACAUCAACAACACUCACGGGGUGGAUGACGAUGACUUCUACGACAGAAACCUGGCCUUGUUUGAGGAGGAGAUGGACACUCGGCCGAAGGUGUCGUCUCUGCUCAGUCGCCUGGCCAACUACACCAACCUGACGCAGGGGGCCAAGGAGCACGAGGAGGCCGAGAACAUCGGAGAGAAGAAGAAAACCAGCAAGUCUCCACAGAUGGGGACCUUCAUGGGAGUCUACCUGCCUUGCCUCCAGAACAUCUUCGGCGUCAUCCUCUUCCUGCGGUUGACCUGGGUGGUGGGCAGCGCCGGGGUGCUGCAGGGGCUCUGCAUCGUCUUCAUAUGCUGCUGCUGCACGUUGUUGACCGCAAUAUCGAUGAGUGCAAUCGCCACGAACGGAGUCGUACCAGCGGGAGGUGCCUACUUCAUGAUCAGUCGUUCUCUGGGUCCAGAGUUCGGGGGGGCGGUGGGCCUGUGUUUCUACUUGGGCACCACCUUCGCUGGAGCCAUGUACAUCCUGGGAGCCAUCGAGAUCCUCCUGAUGUACAUAGCACCCAAGGCGGCCAUUUUUGAGUCAAAGAACCCUGAAGGCGAAGGGGCGGCCAUGUUGAACAACAUGCGUGUGUACGGCUCCAUCUGUCUCCUCCUGAUGUCCCUGCUGGUCUUCGUGGGCGUGAAGUACGUCAACAAACUGGCCUCCAUCUUCCUGGCCUGCGUCAUCGUCUCCAUCGUCUCCAUCUACAUCGGAGCCCUGGUCUCCGCCUUCAAACCGCCAAAUUUCCCCGUGUGCAUGCUGGGAAACCGAACCAUCAGCGGCCAUGCCAUCGACGACAACCGAUGUUCAAAAACCAUCCAGCUGCACAUCAAAGAGCCGGCAGAAAGAGUUGACUACAACUCCACCAUUUUUAACGAAAACAGCACCAUGGGCCCGACCUUUGACUCUAGCCUCGCCCCCCCAGUGACGGAGAAGACCACGUAUAUUUGGAAGCAGUUUUGCCAGGGCCCUGAACUCAACGCCUCCUGUGACGAAUACUUCCUCUCCAACAACUUUUCCGAUAUCGAAGGGAUCCCCGGUCUGGCCAGCGGGAUCAUUUCAGAGAACCUGUGGAGCAACUACCUCAGCAAAGGGGACGUGGUGGAGAAAGGCUCCCUCAGCUCGUCUCAUGUUGCACAUCCGGCCUCCACUCAGCAGCCGUACGUGUUCGCUGACAUCACCACCUCCUUCACACUGCUGGUGGGCAUCUUCUUCCCCUCUGUCACAGGAAUCAUGGCUGGUUCCAACCGGUCGGGGGAUCUGAAAGACGCCCAGCGAUCCAUCCCCAUCGGAACAAUCCUCGCCAUCCUCACCACCUCCAUCGUCUACCUGAGCAGCGUUUUGUUGUUCGGAGCCUGCAUCGACGGGGUGGUCCUCCGAGACAAGUUUGGAGACUCUGUCAAAGGUAACCUGGUGGUGGGGACUCUGGCCUGGCCGUCCCCGUGGGUCAUUGUGAUCGGCUCGUUCUUCUCGACAUGCGGCGCCGGCCUCCAGUCGCUGACCGGCGCUCCCCGACUCCUGCAGGCCAUCGCCAAAGACAACAUCAUCCCCUUCCUCCGGGUGUUCGGCCAUGGGAAGGCUAACGGAGAGCCCACCUGGGCUCUGCUGCUGACCGCCCUGAUAGCAGAGCUGGGGAUCCUAAUCGCCUCCCUGGACCUGGUGGCCCCCAUCCUUACAAUGUUUUUCUUAAUGUGUUACCUGUUUGUUAACCUGGCCUGUGGACUCCAAACUCUCCUGAGGACGCCCAACUGGAGGCCGCGCUUUUCCUAUUACCACUGGACCUUGUCGUUUUUGGGGAUGACUAUCUGCCUGGCGCUCAUGUUCAUAUCCUCCUGGUACUACGCAAUCGUUGCCAUGGUGAUCGCCGGCAUGAUCUACAAGUACAUAGAGUACCACGGAGCGGAGAAGGAGUGGGGGGAUGGGAUUCGUGGUCUGUCGCUGAGUGCUGCCCGGUACGCCCUCCUGAGGCUGGAAGAGGGACCACCACACACCAAGAACUGGAGGCCGCAGGUGCUGGUCUUACUAAAACUGGACGAGGACGCCCACGUCAAGUCUCCUCGCCUGCUGACGUUCGCCAGCCAGCUGAAGGCGGGGAAGGGCCUGACCAUCGUCGGCACCGUCGUCUCCGGCAACUUCCUCCAGAGCUACGGAGAAGCGCUCGCCGCCGAACAGACUCUGAAGCACCUGAUGGAUAAGGAGCGUGUGAAGGGCUUCUGUCAGUGCAUCGUGGCUCAGAAGCCGCGUGAAGGCAUCAGCCACAUGAUCCAGUCCAGCGGGCUGGGAGGGAUGAAGCACAACACGGUGGUGAUGGGCUGGCCUCACGCCUGGAGGCAGAGCGAGGACCCGCAGGCCUGGAAGACCUUCAUCAACACAGUGCGGGUGACCACAGCAGCCCACCUGGCCCUGCUGGUGCCCAAAAACAUCUCUCUGUUCCCCAGCAACAGCGAGCCGUGCGCAGAGGGCUACAUCGACGUGUGGUGGAUCGUCCACGACGGGGGGAUGCUGAUGCUGCUGCCCUUCCUGCUGCGCCAACACAAGGUGUGGCGUAAGUGUGGGAUGCGGAUUUUCACGGUGGCCCAAAUGGAGGAUAACUCCAUCCAGAUGAAGAAGGAUCUGGCAACCUUCCUCUAUCACCUUCGCAUUGAGGCUGAGGUGGAAGUAGUCGAGAUGCAUGACAGUGACAUCAGUGCCUACACCUAUGAGCGGACCCUGAUGAUGGAGCAGCGGUCUCAGAUGCUCAGGCAGAUGCGACUGUCGAAAUCUGACCGGGAAAAGGAGGGAAAUCCUGGUAGCAGCAGCAGUAGGCCAGAGGCAGGUGGAGCUACAAGGUCUCAGGCCCAGCUGGUGAAGGACCGUAACUCCAUGCUGCGGCUGACGAGCAUCGGCUCGGACGACGAUGACGACACGGACGGCGGGGAGCGAGACAGGGUGACCAGCUCUGGCGGCGGCGGCGGUGGAGGAGGAGGCGGCGGCAGCACGGAGCAUCACCGGCGCGUCCAGAUGACCUGGACCAAAGAGAAGACGUCGCAGUACAGAGCGGCCCACUCCGGCUGCUCCACGCCGGAGGGCUUCAGAGACAUGCUCAGCAUCCGGCCGGACCACUCCAACGUGAGGCGGAUGCACACCGCCGUCAAGCUCAACGAGGUGAUUGUCAACAAAUCCCACGAUGCUCGGCUCGUUCUGCUCAACAUGCCCGGACCACCGAGGAACACGGACGGAGACGAGAACUACAUGGAGUUCCUGGAGGUCCUCACAGAAGGCUUGGAGCGCGUCCUGCUGGUCCGAGGCGGAGGCAGCGAAGUCAUCACCAUCUACUCCUGAUCAGACGGAGAAAAAAAACCCGGAGGAAGCCAGUGAGAGAGACGCAGAAGUGAGCGAAGGGAGACGGCGGGGGGCCCGCCAGCUCUGAAAAGGGGGGAAGAAGAGACUGUGGUUGGCUGCAGCGUCAGUCGUCACGCCCAACAAACCCCGCCCCCUCUCCUUCCUUCAGCCCUUUUAUUUUACACCGCUACACUUUUCUGUCACGACAAGGGUUUCCAUUCCACUUAUGUCAAGCUACAGAAAUGCCAACACGAUUCCACGAAUGAGCAAAAAAAGGAGAGUGGUUAGCUGUGUGUGUGUGUGUGUCUGUGUGUGUGUCUGUGUGUUUGUGUGUGUGUGUGUGUGUGUGUGUGUGUGAUCCACCUGAGGGGGGUUGGGUUUGUGGGAGAAGGGGACCAGCGUUGUGUCGGGCGUGUUCGGAGCGAAUGAGACGACGCUGUGAGACGUCGUUCCACUGACGAGACUCAGGGUUGCUUUUUGUACAGAAUGUAUUUUGGAAGCAGAUGUGAGUCGACUGAAUGUCCGAGCGAGUGUUUUUUUUUUUUUUUUUUUUUCUCCUUGAAGAAAGAGUGAAGUUUAUUACAAUACAUAAAACUGGAAAAGUAACACUGAAUCAAAGAAAGUGAGGCGGGUCGUUUUAAACUGGUUCAUUUAUGGGAAAAUCAUUGUGCUUUCGUCUCCUUUACACAUUUUUUUACAGAGAUGAAAGGAAAAAUAUGUUAAUCAUUCACUUACAUAUCAAUAAUGCCCUCCUCUCUUGCAAACCUCAGAUCUUUUUUU